AUGAACGGCCAUGGACAUGGCGCGACCGAUGCUGGCGCCCGGCCGCCACGGCCUCCUACAGACAUUCGCGACCUCGAAUUGCAAGCCCAGAGCCGUAUCAAUCCGUAUGCGACCAUUGGGCAUCUUCUGGCCGAGGCAGAACACAGUUGCCGGCAAGCGGAAGCCUUGCUAGCUUUCCGAAAGCCUCAAGAAGCAUACGUCGAGUACUUUGUUGCAUACGAGAUCGUGGUCAAGGUCAUAGCACGCCAUAAGGAUCUACCCCUCCUGAAAGGUGACAGAGGCCGGCUCUAUCAGUCCUACAAGCUCCUGACACAGAACCUGUACGCACAGCAAGAGCGUUUCGAGAAAGUUAGGGAGAUAAUAGUGAAGGAGAGUAGGCGGGAAGAUGCCCAGCGGGCCGUACCAUACGCUCGAGAUGCCACGCAGCCGCGAGUAUCUGUACCAGGGGCGCGGCAAGCGGACACGGUGCUCGGACCCAGUGGAGCACCUUACCAGGAAAACCCGCGAUAUUCAAUGCCGGACCCGCCAAACCCGAGUUCCUACUAUGAUGAUAGUCUACUGUCUCCCCGAAGGUCGAUAGAGGUGAGCGCAGCGUCUGGCCGCUCCACGCCUACAAACUACUCUGGCUCCUCGGUAUCCAGACCGCCUAUACAUCCAAAGCCGCAAGCUCUGCAUGGCAGGGCUCUGGGCACAAACGGUGCUAGCGCAAACGGAUCGCAGCUUUCCGGAGAUGCGCUCAGCGAACGCUUUGCUCGACUGCGCGCGAAUGACCACGGAGCAGCAAAUUUCGCCGGCGCACGUCCAGACUCGCAAGGGUCGCAGUUUUCAGGCAGUGGCGGAUCUGUGAAGAUGCCGUCGCCUGCCGAUUAUAACUCUGCUUCGUCCUUCUCCAGCCUCAGACCGACAACUACCGCUCCUCCAUCCGGUCGUCCGAUGGGACCCCGUGACAUGUCUGCAGAGGUAGGAGGGCCACCGCAUCCACCAAAAGUGCCGCUGGACAACAGCUUUUCAACGGCACUGCCCGAGGCGCCGACUCCGGCAUACAACCCUGCCCGCAAUAUGUCGACUCCGUCAAGCAUCAACCCGCCGAGAAGUACCGCGCGAAGCAUUGUAGGAACUGGGGGACGAAGUAAUUCAAUGGCAGCUGCCGGUGCAAUGCUCCAGCCACCUGGCGCCAAUGGCGACUUCGAUCGUUAUUCUCAGAGCGCAGUGACUGGUCGGCCAGGAAGUAGCCGUCGGAAAUCCGUCCAUCUUCCUCGAGAAUCCCAAAUAACGGCUCGCAAGCUUUACGAUUACUUGACCAUGUACAGGGUUCUUUUGAUAGACGUCAGAAGCCGAGAGGAAUUUGACAAUGGCCACAUCUUCUGCAACAGCAUUCUGUGCGUCGAGCCCGCCGCGCUACGAUCUCACAUGUCCGCCGAGGAACUCGCAGAUGCACUUGUCCUUUCCCCUGAAGAAGAGCAGACUUUCUUCGAUCGACGUCAUGACUAUGAUCUUGUCGUUUACUAUGAUCAAGACACUCCCUCAAUUGAAUUCUUUGAUCGAUACAACAGGACUGACAGCGAGCUUGCCAUGAAAUUUCUUUACGACGCGCUGUAUGAGUUCAAUGAGGAGAAACCUUUGCAACGACCGCCGAUCCUACUCAAAGGUGGAAUUGAAGCUUGGGCCGACUUACUGGGCAACUCUGCACUCAAAGCUACGGACACCGCAGCGAUAGUAUCACUUCAGAGAGCCGGUCGACCAGGCCAGCCCAUGACACGAGGCGCUAGGGCCAUGAGUAGCUCAAAGUUUUACCUUCAGAGACGGAGGACCCGCGAGUACAAUCCCUUAGAUGCUGAAGAGGAGCAGAAGUGGCGCGAAAGGGCGAGAACCGAACAAGCUGCUCUCGAACAGCGUCCAAACGCAGUUGAGGAAGAUGGCGAUUAUGACGAUGGCGAACAGUCGCCUGAUUACUUUAGGACGACUGAGGAUUUCCUGCGCCGCUUUCCUGAAGCAGCUGCCGUCGAGCAGCAGUCAAUGGCGUCUCUACCUCCGCGUGCGGCACCGCCUCCCAUACCGCAAUACCAUGCCCCUACAAUACCCUCGAUGCCCUCACGUCCUGCUCCGACAGCUCCUCGUGUCAGUUACAGUGGGGUGUAUGACCGAGCCGCUGGCUCAUAUGCAACCUCCGAUCGCUCUUCCCAUCUCCACCACUAUGUCCCGCCCAAUGAAGUUUUCCAAACCGCUCGACUACCACGGACUGGACUCAUCAACUUUGGCUCAACCUGCUACAUGAAUGCGACAAUACAAUGCUUGAGUGCGACCUUACCGCUUACCGCGAAGUUCAAGAACGACAGCUUUCGCAAGGACCUUCAGCCGGACAACUGGAAAGGGUCGAAGGGUAUCCUGGCGGAGCAUUACCGCAUACUUCUUGACAAUCUCUGGAAGAAUGACGUCCAGGCCUGCCGGCCUACAACGUUCAGAAGCCUUUGUGCGCGCCUGAAUCGAGAAUGGGGUCUGGAUCGCCAGCAAGACGCCAAAGAGUUCUUCGACUUCCUCAUCGACUUCGUCCAUGAAGACCUCAAUUCCCACUGGGCGAGGCCGCCCAUGCGCGCGCUCACUGAGAAAGAAGAAGCGAUACGCGAGAAGAUGCCAAAACCGUACGCUGCUCUUGUAGAGUGGGGCCGCUACAUCAACCGCGAAAGGAGCAUCAUCACCGACUGCUUCGCCGGCCAGCAUGCCUCCCAACUGCGAUGUACCACCUGCCGAAACACAUCAACAACCUAUGAAGCGUUCUACUCCAUAUCAGUCGAGAUCCCACGCUCUGGUACUGCAGACAUCCGUGACUGCCUUCGCUCUUACUGUGCGGAAGAGAUGCUGUCCGGCGAUGAAGUAUGGCGCUGCCCGCAUUGCAAGAAAGAACGAGAGGCUACGAAGCAAAUCACACUCACCCGAGCACCUAAGCACCUCGUUGUGCAUUUCAAGCGCUUCUCAGCCUCCCACCAAGAGAAAGCGCGGAAGGUGCGGACGCCCAUUGAGUUUCCCCUCCACGGACUCGACCUGUCACCAUACAUGCUUCCGCCGCCCACCCCGGAGGAGACAGCAUACAUAGAGCGGGGUCAUGGUCCGGAAAGCCUCCAAACGAACUUCCGAAUAGAUGAGGCCAUGAAGCCGCCAUAUCUCUACAAUGCCUAUGCUGUCAUGCGGCAUCUCGGCACGACGAUGACCUCGGGGCAUUACAUUGCUAUGGUGAAGGACCCUGGCAGGGGCUGUUGGCGAGAGUACAAUGAUGAACGCACUAGGGAUUUUGAUCCUGCAGCGUUAAGGGGCCAGGACAGGCUUCAGAACGAGCAGGCAUAUAUUGUUUUUUAUGAACGGCAGGGCCUCUCGCAGCGCUGA